CCAGAUGCCGCCCCCACACUCGGACACCGUGGAGUUCUACCAGCGCCUGUCAACUGAGACACUCUUCUUCAUCUUCUACUAUCUGGAGGGCACUAAGGCACAGUACCUGGCAGCCAAGGCCCUGAAAAAGCAAUCAUGGCGAUUCCAUACCAAGUACAUGAUGUGGUUCCAGAGGCACGAGGAGCCCAAGACCAUCACGGAUGAGUUCGAGCAGGGCACCUACAUCUACUUUGACUACGAGAAGUGGGGCCAGCGGAAGAAGGAAGGCUUCACCUUUGAGUACCGCUACCUGGAGGACCGGGACCUCCAGUGACACCGGCCCCUCCUUCCACCCAAUCCCUCCCCCCGCAUGCUGAUCCCCCUGCCCAGGUGAGGGCCCUGCCCUGGAAGACUGGGGGAGGCCCCAAGCCAUGGGGCAUCCCCCUCUCCCGGGAAGUAGGGAGGGGGCUGGGAGGCUUUCUCUUCCUCUCAGCCCCGCCCGGGGGGCCCGGGGGCGAGGGCUGCCCCCUCCUCCCCUCCCCAGUGAGGGACAUUUUUUGGUAAACCUAUUUUCAUUUUGGAAAAUAUUUAUGAAUAAAUAGUUUUAUAUGACGGCUGGCA